GCUCAAGAAGAGAACGCUGUGGAUAUCGGAUUCUGCGUCGCCAUCGUAAUUCAGAAGAUCAGGUACAUUGCAUUGGCAAAGCUAAGAAAUACACUGAGACGGCAACCCGCGUAAAAGAGAUCCUGCUCAGCACAGUCAGUCCGGAGCAGUUUGUUUUAACAUUACUUGAAGCGGAGCCUCCCAAUGUGUUGGUGAGUCGUCCCAGCAAGCCGUUCACAGAGGCCUCCAUGAUGAUGUCCCUGACAAAACUGGCAGACAAAGAGCUGGUUCACAUGAUUGGUUGGGCCAAAAAAAUUCCUGGCUUCAUUGAUCUCAGCCUUUAUGACCAAGUAAGACUCUUGGAGAGCUGCUGGAUGGAAGUUUUAAUGGUUGGUUUGAUGUGGAGAUCAAUUGACCACCCUGGGAAACUAAUUUUUGCACCAGACCUUGUACUAGACCGGGACGAGGGGAAAUGCGUAGAGGGAAUUUUGGAGAUCUUUGAUAUGCUCCUGGCCAUGACCUCGAGGUUCCGAGAGCUGAAACUGCAGCACAAGGAGUAUCUGUGUGUCAAGGCGAUGAUCCUCCUCAAUUCCAGCAUGUUUCCCUUGUCAGCAGAAGAACCUGAAAGCAACAGGAAACUGCAUCACCUGCUUAACAUAGUCACAGAUGCCCUGGUGUGGGUCAUCGCGAAGAGCGGGAUCCCCUCGCAGCAGCAGACAACUCGUCUGGCCAAUCUGUUGAUGCUCCUCUCUCACGUCAGACACGCCAGUAACAAGGGAAUGGAGCAUCUCCUGAGCAUGAAGUGUAAAAAUGUGGUCCCAGUGUAUGACUUGCUGCUGGAGAUGUUGAAUGCACACACUCUCCGAGGCCAAAGGAAGUCCCCGGUCACACAUCCCGAAUUUGGCCCAUUAGAACAAAUGGAGACUGGAGACGGUCUGCGAAACGGGGCAGCUCAGUAA